AUGGCAGUGACAACAAAGUCCAAAGUAGUAAGCACGGAUUUGAAAUUAACAGCUCAAUUUCGUAGCAAAUGGCGCUUUGGAGCCAACAGAGAGUGUUUUGGUAGACAAGACAAUAUCGAGUCAUGGACUUUGGUGUCAGUGGCUGGCAUUGCUAUUAUGACAAGUAACGAGACUCUAUGUGAAGCACGAAAAGAUGAGGAAAUUGGUGCUACACAUGGCAAUUCUAAUGUGUAUGAUAUGAAUGAUAAUAGCGACAAAAUGUCAAUUUACUUUGACGCAGCGUAUGAGCCAAAAAAACUGCUUGGCUCUGGCACUUUUGGCGUUGUGAUGCAGUGUGCACAUAAACAGACUGGACGUGUUUCGGCGGUUAAGAUGAUUCAAGAUGUGCUUGAAAAUCAAGAGGAGGUUAAGCGCGAGAGGAUGGCACUUGAGCGAUUGGAACGCGCUGGCGGACAUGAUUGCAUUGUUGGCUACGAACGCACUUACAAUCACGAUGACUUUCACUAUAUUGUGCUCGAGUACGUUCCAGGAACUUCACUUUACUCAUUCUUGAAAGAAAAUCGUAGUCUCAACACUACGUUAUCAUUGCAUCUUGUAUCUCAAUUGGCCAGUGCAUUGCAAUUUAUGCACCACGAAGAUAUUGUUCACCGUGAUCUCAAGCCUGAAAAUAUCAUGCUGGAGGAAAUUACGAAAAAUGGCGAGAAUGUCAAGCUGAAGAUCAUUGAUUUUGGCUCUGCUGGACGAGUAUCUCAGCCGGAAUCGGAGAAGGCACACACCACAACUCUGUCUGGAACUCGCUGUUACUGGCCACCUGAAGCUCUUCAGCAUCCAAUGAUGACUACGGCUAUGGACAUGUGGGCGCUGGGAUGUAUUUUAUACAUUCUCAUCUCUGGACGACACCCAUUCGAUCUGACUGGUCAUUCGACUGAAGAUGAUGUCUUACGGAGAGUAAAAGUCGAGCCAGUAUCUUUUCUUCUACCUGUCUGGCACGAGGUUCCGAUUGAAACGAAGGAUCUGAUUCUUGGAUUACUUCAAAAGGAUCCGUGUGAUCGCCUUACAGCGGAACAAGUGCUUGAGCACCCAGCCAUGGUUGGUAUUAAGAGUAUGACGUAA